GUGACGCCACCUACAGUGUUUUUGCUUCAAACUGCGCCACAACUGUGUCUGAGCUGCAGCAUGGCGGGCGUCAUCGCAAACGCGUGUCGGAGUCCUCUGGGGUUUCUGACUAGGACGCUGUCUGUCCCGGAGUUUCUCACCCAGUGUUGUUACCACAAGAAGGUGGUGGAUCACUACGAGAAUCCUAGAAAUGUGGGCUCACUGGACAAAAACUCCAAAAACGUCGGGACUGGUUUAGUGGGAGCUCCUGCCUGUGGUGACGUAAUGAAGCUUCAGAUCGAGGUGAACGAGCAGGGCAAGAUUGUGGACGCCAGGUUCAAAACAUUUGGGUGUGGUUCCGCCAUCGCAUCAAGUUCUCUGGCCACUGAGUGGGUGAAAGGAAAAUCCGUGGAUGAAGCGCUGACCAUCAGAAACACCGACAUUGCCAAAGAGCUUAGUCUCCCUCCAGUCAAACUUCACUGCUCCAUGCUGGCAGAAGAUGCCAUCAAGGCUGCGCUGGCUGACUACCGGCUGAAGCAGCAGGACGACCAGCAGGUGGCAGCGCGGGCCAACAACCUGUGAGCACUUCCUGCGCCUGAGGAAACCUCCAGUAGAAGAUCACCUCUCACCAGUGUUGAUGAUGACGUCGUUGCCACCCUGUAGUCGUCUCUGCUCUUGUAUCUAUUGAAACUUUAGCCUGUCACUGAAACGCACAAUUGUUAUUACUCUGGCUGAAAGUUUGGUACAAAGUUGGGCCUUAUUUUUUGGGAAACACAUAAUGUUUUUAUUUAAAGGAUUAUGGAAGCAAACUGUGAGAUGCUAUGGCUUGAAACAAGUGGAAGUUUGGCUGAUGGGCAUGUAACCUUUUAGCAUUGCUUCCUUUAUAGUUAUCAAUAAAGUUUUCCUUAAGUCUUC